GCAGGAACCGAGGCACUGCACGGGUGCAACAGCUUCACUCACCGUAGAGAGAAGAGCUGCAGUUGAUGAAACAACUCACAAAAUGCUAGACCGGGAAUUAAUCCAGCUAUGAAUUCGACAAAUGGCACUGAGAGUGACACAGAGGAGUACUUAUUUAGCGCUGGUACAUAUAAAGUUCUCGCCUGUACCAUUGGAACUAUAGGUAUCCUCGGUUUUUGCAACAAUGUUCUUAUAUUGGUGCUGUACUGUAAAUUUAAGAGCCUACGAACUCCAACGAAUCUGUUUUUGUUGAAUAAAAGCGUCAGUGACUUGCUAGUUUCUGUAUUUGGAGUAAGUUUUACCUUUGUGUCCUGCGUGAAGAGAAGAUGGGUUUGGGACUCGGCAACAUGCGUUUGGGAUGGGUUCAGCAACAGUUUAUUUGGAAUCGUGUCCAUCAUGACACUAACAGUCCUGGCAUACGAGCGCUAUAUCAGAGUGGUUCAUGCCAAGGUGAUUGAUUUCACCUGGUCCUGGCGGGCCAUCACUUACAUCUGGCUCUACUCCCUGGCCUGGACAGGAGCCCCCCUUCUUGGCUGGAACAGAUACACGCUGGAGAAACACCAGCUGGGCUGCUCUGUGGACUGGGCAUCCAAGGACCCCAACGAUGCUUCUUUUAUACUCUUAUUCUUUCUGGGCUGUCUCUUCGUGCCUGUUGGCAUGAUGGCUUACUGCUAUGGACACAUUUUCUACACUAUAAGGAUGCUUCGAUGUAUACAAGACCUCCAAACUGUUCAAAUCAUCAAAGUCCUCCGGUAUGAGAAGAAAGUGGCCAAGAUGUUUUUCGUGAUGAUCUCCGCCUUCCUCAUUUGCUGGAUACCUUACGCAGUGGUGUCUCUAUUAGUAACCUAUGGUUACAAGGACAUUGUCACACCCACUGUUUCUGUCGUCCCUUCAUUUGUUGCCAGGUCAAGUACAGCUUACAACCCAAUGAUCUAUUUCUUCAUGAGUAGAAAGUUUCGAUUGUGCCUUUUGCAACUUCUGUGUGCUCGUUUGGUGAGAUUACAAAGGUCAAUCAAGAACAGACCGCUAGCCAAUGCAGAGAGGCCAAUCCGACCUAUUGUCAUGUCCCAAAAAGAUGGGGACAGGCCAAAGAAGAAAGUGACUUUUAAUACCUCCUCCAUAGUGUUUAUUAUCACAAGUGAUGACACCGAGCAGCUUGAUGUGUCCUCCAGAAGCAGCACAGCCAGGGUAAAUGUGAUCCAAGUCCGGCCUUUAUAAUACCUUGCUUUCACCUGAUGACAGCUAUGAAACUAGUCCCGACCAUGUUGUUUAGCAAACUGGUAUCAAUAGGGAAUUUAUCAGAGCGAGAGUUGGGGAUUGCGUCCUUUAGAAUCAAAAUUGCUUGGUUGGAUGAAGCUACUGAAAUGCAACGGAUGCUGUAGGCUUGUAUCAAACCUCAGAUGACCUGUUUUAUAGUACCUACUUCAAGGACACUGUGGACUCACAUGUUGCUGUUGGAUUUGGCGGCAGUACUGUUUCUUGUCUUGAUUUCAUGAACUAAUCAGCCAUAUGGAGAAUAGCUUUGCUCUUUUCCAUUAUACCAAAAUGAUAAAGAACCCUAGCCUUCUGGCAACCUACAAAUCAGCUUGCAGCUCUAGGUCCCAUUUUUCACAAACUCUACACUGUACUGUAGACAAGACAAAGCACUUAUCUUCCAUACGGACAUUUGUUAUGCAUGACAGUCCCUGCAAUGACAAAUCAGGACUCUACAGUAUGGGCAGCAUGCAUUAAAGGGGAUAUCAGACAUGAUUAUUCAGACAAGUUAAAAGUUAUUCAAAAUCUCUAAAUGAAUAUACUUGCUCUAGUAUCACUUCCCCUAAAGAUGCAGUAUGUGUGAACUAAAAGAAUCAACACGUGGUACAGCCUUUUUCCAUCAAUAUCAGAGCGUUGAUAUUAAUUGCAUAUCCUAUUUUGAAAACGUGG